AUGAGAGCCUGUAUAGCUCUUGGUUAUACACCGGAGUCUUGGAAAAAGACGAGGGUUGUGUUUAUUCCGAAGGCCGGUCGGUCAGGCUAUACUGUGGCGAAGGACUUCAGGCCAAUCAGCCUAACUUCCUUUAUAUUAAAGACGUUAGAGAAACUGGUGGAUAAGUUUAUUAGACAGGAAUGUCUUAAAGAUUUUGCCCUACAUCAAGGACAGCAUGCAUAUAGAGCAGGCUUCUCAGUAGAAACAGCUCUCCAUUCGGCAGUAGGUAGAAUAGAGGGACAAAUUAGCAGUGGUGGUUAUGCGGUUGGUACCUUUCUUGAUAUCGAAGGUGCCUUCCCUAACACCUCUAGCAAAACUAUCUGCAGGGCAGCCAGGAUGCGAGGCGUGCCCGAGCUGCUAGUUAAGUGGAUCAACAGCUGGAUCAUGCUUCGCGAAAGGGCCCUAGAAGCAGAGUAUGGUGAGGCCAAGGUAACCGGCCUUGUCUCAAAAGGGUGCCCACAGGGAGGAGUUCUCUCUCCUUUAUUGUGGUGCUUAGUGGCAGAUGAGUUAAUUAGAAACCUCAAUAGCCAGGGAUAUUAUACGCAAAGUUAUGCGGAUGAUUUCCUUAUAAUUAUAAGAGGGCACUCAAUUGAGACCCUCUUAGAACUUACGGAACGUGCGCUUAAGAUUGUCAAGGAUUGGUGCAAUCUGACUGGACUUUCUGUAAACCCAGAGAAAACGAAUAUAGUAGUUUUCACAAGAAAAUAUAAGGUACCGAGUUUGAAAAAACCGAUAUUUUAUGGAAAAGAGAUUUCCUUUUCUGAAUCGGCUAAGUAUCUGGGAGUAAUCCUGGAUAAAAAGCUGGUUUGGAGGGAACAUUUCGAAUAUCAGUAUAGCAGGUUUUGUACCGCGUUUUGGGCGUGUAGAAGGGCGAUAGGGUCAUCAUGGGGACUAAGGCAUAAUAUGGUCAACUGGCUCUAUCAGAUGAUCUUAAAACCAAGGUUUCUUCACGCGGUGGUUGUCUGGUGGUCUAGGACUCAACUGAUAACGGUUAAAGAGAAACUAGGCCAACUGCAAGCAAUGAUUUUCAGGGGUAUUACGGGGGCAAUGAGGACCACGCCAACAGCUGCGUUGGGAUUCAUGCUUGCCGAGGUACCUCUGCAUAUUGCCGCGGUGAAAAAGGCGGCUCUUACUAUGAGCAGGUUAACUGCGCAGGGAAGGUGGAAGGUUGGUGGUAUACACACCAAGCUUCCACGCUCAAUUCUAUCAAUACCAGAAUUAAGUAUGGUGCAAGAUAGAAUGAUCAAGAGGGUGAAAUUUAAACCCUGCUUUAAGAUCAUUACACCUUCCAGAAUGAACUGGAAGAAAGGUUUUCCACUUGGGGACGAAGUCUGGUAUACAGACGGCUCCAAGAUGGACUGCGGUGCAGGCUUCGGAAUUUAUCGGAAAACUGGCUGCAUUAAAGUGGCUGAGUCAUUAGGACAACAUGCCACGGUCUGGCAGAUAGAGGUCUGUGCGAUUUUAACUUGCGCCCAAAUAUCCAUUCGUAAUGGAACAAAGGGCAAGAGGAUUAGUAUUUGUGUGGAUAGUCAAGCGGCCUUAGGGGCUCUGAAAAAUCUCACAAUAGAAUCAAAACUCGUCUGGGAAUGCCGCAGCGUACUAGAUGAGUUGGGUUCAGCAAAUAGACUUUCAUUGAUUUGGGUACCGGGUCACUCGGAAAUCAAGGGUAAUGAAAGAGUAGACGUCUUGGCGAAAAUCGGUUCCGAUACGAAAUUUAUAGGUCCUGAACCAGCAGUGGCAAUAAUGCCAUGCUUGGUUAAGGGAGCCAUAGAAAGAUGGGGUGAAAGGGAACAUAAGAAGUAUUGGGCGAACGUUGGGGUGGGAUGGCAAGCGAAAACUCUGUUGGGGUUAGCACUCAACAAGAGGCGAGCGAGCGAUCUCCUAAAACUCGAUAAGAUUAGAGUUAGAACCGUAGUUCGUCUACUUACGGGUCAUGGACUAUUGAACUACCAUCAGCAUAAAAUAGGCAGACAAGUUUCACCUAUGUGCAGACUGUGUGGGGAAAGUAACGAAACUUCGACUCACAUAUUAUCUGAAUGCCCAGCGUUAGCUAGGAUCAGGCUAUCUAGCUGGGGUCAAGCAAUUAUUAUUGACCCUAAGCAGGUGAGCAACCUAUCCAUAGAAGAGAUACUGGACUUCUGGAGAAGAACAGGACUCUAA